AUGUAUGAUGAAUUGCGCAGGCAAGGUGUACCAGGCGAGCCAUUUAUACCGAUUAUUGGUCAACUACCUCAACUAAAUCGUGCUCGAGAAAACAAUGGUACUCUGGCCUACUUAUUUAGUCUUAGUGAAAAAUAUGGGAAUUACUUCCUUUUUUCUUUUGGACCUCUAAUGCGUAUUAUGAUCAGUGAACCGGACAUGAUUGCUGAUGUUGUCGGUCGAUCACAUGUUCACGAUUAUGUGAAACCGGACGUGUUCGGUAAUAUUUUCAAACCAUUGAUUGGUUCACAUAAUUUAUUAGUCAGUGAAGGAGAAGAACAUGAAAGAGCUAGAAAAAUGCUUAAUCCUGCUUUUCAUUUUAUCAACUUGAAAUCAAUGAUUUCUAUCAUGGUUAAUGAGACAGCCAAAGCUAUUGAUAGUUUUUUUCUAUCAUCAGAUUCAAAUGCUAUUGAUUUACACAGGGAAUUGAGUGGUCUUACGUUAUCAAUUAUUAUGUCGAGUGCAUUUGGUCAGGCUUCUUCAACGCGAUCAAAUUUUAAUCGAACCAUGUAUCAAACAGUUAAUGAUGUUUUCGAAGCCAUUAAAUAUCGAAUAAUGCAUACUAUUACUCAAAUUCCUUUUCUCGCACGUCUACCUUUCUGGCGUAAAAGCGUUAUCGAUGAUGGCGUUCAACUUAUAGGCGAUGCUGUUGACCAGAUCAUCACUGAUCGACGACAGGGCCGAUCAGCUAGUCUAUGUGCUGGUUCGGAUCUUCUCGAUCUAUUGCUAUCAGCUAUUGAUAGCGAUGGAAAAUCAUUUACUGACGAAGAAAUAAAACAACAAGCUUUAACAUUUGUAUUGGCUGGUCACGAAACAACCAAUAAUCUUAUGGCAUGGGCUAUGUAUGUUUUGAUGACCAAUGAAUCAGCUUUACGUGCAUGUCGCGAAGAAGUCGAUAAAGUUUUACCGAACUGUAUCAGUCCCAGUCAUGAACUUAUCAGUAAUUUAGUUGUGUGUGAAGCUGUCUUACAAGAAACCCUUCGUCUAUAUCCCCCGGCACCCAUAUUUGCGAGAAAAUGUGUGCGUGAGCAUGUUAUUGGUAAAGAAGGACAAAAACAGUUGCGAAUUCCUGUUGGCACCACUAUUGUGAUCAAUAGCUAUACGCUUCAUCGAAGAGCAGACCUCUGGUCUCGACCACAUGAAUUUGAUUAUACACGUUGGUUGCGUGACCCGGUAACAGAUUUGAAACCAAAGCUAGCUCAUCCUUUCUGCUAUUUACCCUUUGCUGCCGGAUCACGUAACUGUAUCGGACAAAAUUUUGCAAUGCUCGAAGCUAAAAUUAUGUUAGCAAUGUUACUCCAAAGAUGUGAUUUUGUAAUGGAACCGGGUCAAAAUAUUGUACAAGAAUUCAUCAUUACCAUGAGACCAAAAUACGGUAUUCGGGCUCAGGUCAGUAAGAGGUCAAAAAGCAUUUCAACAAUUGAAUAA